GUAACAAAACAAAUUUACGUCAAGAACAGCACUGCCUUAUCUACAAAGGGGUGAGUGAUUCGUUGACUAUGGGAUGUUCUUCAUCCGGUGGAGGAAAAGAACGUGUGACUCCUCAGAAAGUCAAGAGCAAUUUGAGUUCAACAGUUGUGAAACAUCUAUUUUCAAUGAAAGAUGAAAACAAUGGAAAGGCAAGAUCGUCGUACAAAGAUGCUGAAGAAAGAGUGAUUGACUACAUCCAAGCUUCUGGAAUGAAACGUUCCGAAGACAUGGUGAAAUCAAUUCAAGAUGGAAAGUUGAUCGACUUCAAUGCGAUUGCUCCAACAUUGAAUGCUCCAACUCAAACUGAAGCUGUUGCAAGAGAAACAGAGAUGGCUCAAAACAAGAUUCUCUAUUCUGCAAAGCUUGACGAGAACAUGCGAAGAUCAGCCUACUUCAAAAUGAACAAGCAAACUGUCAAAUCAAACAUCAUGCUUAAGUUUGUGACGAAAGCAAUGGAUAUCAAGCUUCCAGGUGAAGCCAAUUUCACGACUACUCUUGAAGAUCCAAUCGAACUCUUGAAACGUAUUGAACGAUUCAUGAAGAAGAGUGCUGAUGCUGAGUAUGACUUCUUGGAUUUCUUCUGGGAAGCCAAUCAAAAGUUCUUUGCUAUGAAGCAAGGAACAACCGAAAACUUGAUGCAUUUCAAGGAACGAUUCUUGAGACAGGCUGAAGUCCUACAAGAUCUAUAUGGCGUUGCCUGGUUCCGAAAUUUUGCAGCCAAGACAAAAGCGUAUGCUGCUAUUGCUAGCACCGAUACUAUUGCUAAAGACAAGUUCAAGGAUGAUAUCUUUGAAGCUGUUCUUGCAACAGGAUUCCUGUGGAACUGUGAUCGAACGAGAACAGCUCCUCUGAUGAUCUUCAGACGAACUACUGCAGGGAAUCCAAAGACGGUCAGCAAAGCACAAGAUAUUUUGAAGAUUCAUAUGGAUGUGAUCAAGAAUCUGGGAGUGAACCUUUACCAAGGAAAAGACCAGCCAAAUAAAGGUAAAGGUAAACUGAAGGACGAUAAGAAAAAGGCAGCAUGUUAUGUAUGUGGCAAAGAGGACCAUAUGUCUCCAAAAUGCCCAGACAGACUGAUACCAGAGAGUCAAUGGAAGCAUCCGAAACACUAUGUUGAUUACGGGAAGAAGCUCAAUCUUAAUCAGAUUGGAGCAACUGUCCCAGCUACAGCUACAGUUCCUGGAACUUCUCCAGCGACAAGUGUAAAUACUGGUGGAACAUCAAGUGUUGCGGGAAGUGUUAACACACCUUUGCGACUUGCUGGUACUACAAGUGAUCAAAUGAUGCAAGUUCCUUCGGGAAUGCAGCUCAUGCAGAUUCCAACUCAAGGUGGCGGCACUGUAACUGUCCCUUAUUCUAUAAAUUCUAACGGUGAGAUUGUGUUCAGUGGAAUGCAACUCAGCCAACAAGGCUUCUGUGGUGCUCAAGUGAGCCAAGGAUUCGAUGCAACUCAAGCUCGAACUCCGCAAGUUGUGAAGACUGGCUAUUUUGAUACGUCAAAUGUCUUUCACGAUGCUAUCAUGGGAAAGGAUGAGAAUGCCAAUGAUGUCUAUCUUAUUCCAUGUCCUGCUGGAACGACUAACGUCGAACUUCAAUCCGACUGGCACUACGCUAGUGAAAAUGAAGACUUGCCUGAUCUUGCUACUGAAGCAGAUCGAGGUAUGCAG